AUGGAUAACUAGUCGUCAGUUAUUUAUAUUAAUAUCCUCAUUAAGUGUUGUAAUAUUAUUUUAAAAAUGUAAGCAUUUCCAUUUCAUGCCAUACAUAAAUUAAUUUUAGAUGGUGAUAAUAGUCCAGCUGAAGAAGAAAAUAGCCCACAAUAAAUGUCUAAAACUAUUAAAUCUAGACAAAUACCAUUUAUGGACAUGGCUAAAAAUAGAAUAAAGUAAAAAAGGAAAGAAAGCACAUAAGAAAUAACAGAUGAAUUACUUCUAUGGAAAUAAUUUCUUGAUCAUAAAUUUCAACAUCGUGAUUGA